CGCACUGGCUCCCGCGGUGGUGUCACGCAAGUCCGUGUCGAGUUCAUGGACGACCCUACCCGUACCAUCAUCCGUAACGUGAAGGGUCCCGUCCGUGAGAAGGACAUCCUGGCCCUCCUGGAGAGUGAGCGUGAGGCUCGGUGCGUCUUCCCUUAUUUUCCACAUGCCUCGUUCUUAUUCCUGUCGUCUAUCAGCCGUCUCCGGUGA